AUGGCAGAUUAUUCCAUCGCCUAUAACCGCUGUCUGUGCCGUGGCAGAAUACCUACCCUAUUUUCAUAUUUGUUAAAAAAACAGCCUUAUGAAAAUGAGAACGCAGCAUUUAAGAAGAAAACGAGCAAAUUGAAAGCUACAGCUUUUCCUCCUUCGUGCCGCGAGCUACAGCAACGGAUGAGAAGAGCAACAUAUAUUACACAAAUUUGGUGUAACGCGAAUGUACAGAAUCCGUCUACUAUAACUCCCAACAGUUACGGAUGGGAAUUAAUUAAUAUGAAAUAUGAGUUUCAUUGGUUCGACGGCGAGGAAUAUCCUGUAAAAUUCAUUGAUAUUGUAGAAGCGGGUGCAGAAACGGAUAACGAUGCUAAUGAAAGUACAGACGCCGAGCGCGACGGUGAGGGAGAACUUACUUCUGAUGCGGAGUUAACGGAAUACGAGACUGAUAACGAAUCAGAUGAAGAUUCUAUAUAA